AUGCAAGAUGCUCAUUCUUGUCCUACUCCCAUGGCUGUUGGGACAAAACUUUUUGUUGGUGAUAGUGAAUUAUUUAAGAAGCCCAGUCUCUAUCGUAGCACCAUUGGAGCAUUACAGUACUUAACGUUAACAAGGGCUAACAUUAGCUUUACAGUUAAUAAGUUAAGCCAAUUCCUUCAAGCUCCAACAGAAUUUAAGUGGCAAGCUUGUAAACAUGUGUUAAGAUACAUUAAAGGCACUUCUUUCCAUGGUUUUCUUUUCAAACCAGCUGCCUCAUUGUGUGUUGAAUGUUAUGCUGAUGCGGAUUGGGGUAGUAAUUUGGAUGAUAGAAGAUCCACAAGAAGGUAUUGCAUGUAUCUUGGUCCCAAUCUAGUGCAAUGGAGUUCGCGUAAGCAAAAAGUGGUUGCACUAUCAUCCACCGAAGCUAAAUAUAGGGCUUUAGCUCAAACAACAACUGGUAUGGCUGAAUAG